CGCGGAAGAGAGAGAGAGAGAGAGAGAGAGAGCUCUUCGUCCCCAUCGGAACCACAAUCUACCCGACCUCGUUUCCCAAAACCCUAAACGCCAAUCCCACACCCAUCUCGGCGGAGAUCGGCGUGGUGGUUUCGGAUCGAAACCCUAGACGCGGAGAUCGGAUAUGAGCGAGGGGGAGGAAGCCACGCGGCGCCGAGGCGCCGUGAAUGAGUACCGCAAGAAGCUCCUCAACUACAAGGAGCUCGAAUCUAGGGUUCGCACCGCAAGGGAAAACUUGAGAGCUGCAAAGAAAGAGUUUGGCAAAACUGAAGAUGAUUUGAAGUCUCUUCAGAGUGUCGGUCAGAUUAUUGGAGAGGUUCUUCGUCCUCUUGACAAUGAGCGCUUAAUUGUUAAGGCUAGUAGUGGCCCGAGAUAUGUUGUUGGUUGUCGAAGCAAAGUGGACAAGGAGAAGUUGACGGCUGGAACCCGUGUUGUGCUUGACAUGACUACUCUCACUAUCAUGCGAGCUCUUCCACGUGAGGUUGAUCCUGUCGUGUACAACAUGCUUCACGAAGAUCCUGGUAAUGUUAGCUACGCUGCUGUAGGUGGAUUAUCUGAUCAGAUUCGGGAACUCAGGGAAUCCAUUGAGCUGCCGCUUAUGAAUCCUGAACUCUUUAUUAGAGUUGGUAUCAAACCCCCAAAGGGAGUUCUUCUCUACGGUCCUCCCGGAACUGGGAAGACAUUGUUGGCUAGAGCCAUUGCUAGCAAUAUCGAUGCCAACUUUCUGAAGGUUGUCUCAAGUGCUAUUAUAGACAAAUACAUUGGUGAAAGUGCUCGCUUGAUAAGAGAGAUGUUUAAUUAUGCGCGUGAUCACCAACCGUGUAUCAUAUUCAUGGAUGAAAUUGAUGCUAUUGGAGGACGUCGAUUUAGCGAAGGAACCAGUGCAGACCGUGAGAUCCAAAGGACAUUAAUGGAGCUGCUUAAUCAAUUGGAUGGAUUUGAUACGCUUGGGAAGGUUAAGAUGAUUAUGGCGACGAACCGGCCUGAUGUUCUGGACCCUGCACUCCUGCGACCUGGACGAUUAGACAGGAAGAUAGAGAUCCCACUACCAAAUGAACAAUCAAGGAUGGAAAUUCUCAAAAUUCAUGCUGCUGGAAUUGCCAAGCACGGCGAGAUAGACUACGAAGCAGUUGUUAAACUUGCCGAAGGUUUUAAUGGCGCGGAUCUCCGAAAUGUCUGCACAGAAGCUGGGAUGUCAGCAAUCCGCGCGGAGCGUGACUAUGUCAUUCACGAGGACUUCAUGAAGGCCGUGAGAAAGUUGAACGAAGCGAAGAAGCUAGAGUCGAGUGCCCACUACAGCGCGGACUUCGGCAAAGAUUAAGAGAAGUACCAACACUACUCUCUUAUCCCUCUGUACUUCUUGCUAGAAUUGCAUUUCCUCUAAUCUUCUCUGUUUUGGUUUCUGGCUUCAGCCUAGAUGUUCUGAGCCUGCCUGUUUGUUUUCGGAAAUAAAAAAAGAGAAGGUAAUUCUUUGCAGGCUUUGGUACACCAGCUGAUUACAAUUUAGCUUCUCUCAUAUCUCAAUUGAUUUGCAGACCCUUUCUUUUUCGCAUCCGUUUUUCCUUUUAUGUUUAAUUUAUGAUACGAUAUUAUGACUCGUAAUAUGCGCUUGUUUUCUUUUGUGAUGCUAAAUUUGCUGAAUCCCUGUGUUAUAUAUCAUGAUGAUUCCUGGUCGACAAUGGUCAUUCUUCUAUUAUAGAAUAUGUGAAAUGUAUCGGGGCGGAUUCA